AUGCCAACUUGGUCGGACGUAAGCGAUGAUGAUCUUUCCUCUGGCCCAGUAGAUAAUCGAUACAAGGAUGCCCGCAAAGUGCUAACAUAUGGAAAACGAGCAACAAGAGUCUAUGUAAAACCAUCCGUCAAAGUCUGGGAUGUAUCGCCUGUCUCAUCAAUAGGAUCAGUAGCAACGCCCGAUUCCUCUAGGUUCCUCAGAAACGAAACCGUGGGCACACCAAACCAUCAUCAUCAUAAGGACUGGUUUUCAGCAACUCCUGAACGAGAACGACGCUCAUCAAGCGAGAACGAUAGAAAUUCGAUUGGCAGUAUACUUAGUUUACAUAGUAACAGCCCAGAACGCCACCGGUCUCCCUUGAGUGAUGGAUCGCAAAAGGAAAACACUCCUACUCCAGCAUUAUCUGAUAUUAAACAACCAGUACAGCGACUGAGUAGUCUAUCGGUUAAUGUGGCUAGUGAGAAAUCACGCCAGUCAACAGGCAGCUCUAAAAUACCCCUACCUGGAAACUGUCCGGCAUCGCCACUCGCAAAUAAGUCAGUUAUCUCAUCGACACAGUCUGUAAGGAGUGUCAGCCCACCACAGAGUCCCUCGAAACUUCCAGUUAGAUGUAGGACGAGCUAUGGUAGUGUUGCCAGUGCUAGCAGUGUCGAAAGUAUAGCUAAUGAUGGUGGUGUCGAGGACGAUGUAAGCAUGGCACGAUUCAGCUCUGGAUCGCCGGUAGCAGCAUCACCGACAGCAAAACUCAGGAGAAUGAUAGGCAGGAUAUUGCUGAACACGGAUCAGACUCCUUCGCCAAUCUCUAGAGUAUCUAUUGGCUCUGUAACAUCAUAUCGUGCACCUCCACUGCACGUCGCAACACCCAAAUCACAAGUACCGCCGUCAUCACCAUUAUGGCACCAUCGUCCACAUUAUCCAAGUCAGGUAUCAUCUUCGUCUCUGACACCUCUGGAGGAACUACUAGAUAUGUGUAAUCAAUCUACGCCGACAACGUUUGAGCAGAUUCUAGGAAACGUUGCUUUGAAGAGUGUGAGGAAACUCGGCGAAGCCACAUUCUCAGAGGUCUACAGCAUACCACAUCCACAGACCCCGAAUGAGCUUGCUGCAGUAAAGAUUCUUCCAUUUGACGGCGACGUUCCAGUGAAUGGAUGUAUACAGCAAUCAGCACAUAAUGUACUACAAGAAUUCCGUAUCACUAAAAUCAUGGGUGAUUUGCAAAAGGAGACCAAGGCUGCCUUCAUCCCAGUAGUGCGACUUGGCAUUGUAAAAGAUCAGUAUCCUCAAGAGUUGUUGUAUGAAUGGGAUCGCUGGGAUCAGGAGAACGAAUCAGAGAGUGAUAGACCUGAUUACAUGCCCGAUCAUCAAAUGUAUGCUAUACUCAUCUUGGAGCAUGCAGGUACUGAUCUCGAACAUUCAAAACUGAAAACAUGGAAGCAGGCCAAGAGUCUCCUUGGUCAAGCUGUGGCAAGUUUUAGUAUAGCAGAAAAGGAAGUUGAAUUUGAACAUCGAGAUCUGCAUUGGGGAAAUUUCAUGUUGAAGCCAACCUCGACGCCAAAAUUCACGUAUCAGUCCGAGUCGGAACUCAUAACGAUUAAAUCUACAGACCUACGAGCAACCAUUAUUGACUACACACUCUCUCGUCUUUAUUGUCGUAAGAGGAACGUGCUCUGCUUCUUGGCUCUAGACGAUGAAGACUACUUCAAUGGCGAAGGAGACUAUCAGUUUGACUGCUAUAGAAUCAUGCGAGAGGAAACUGGUAGAGAUUGGGAAGGAUACCAUCCCAAAACGAACGUAACAUGGCUUCAUUAUCUUGGCUUGAAGCUGUUAACCAAACUUCCGAAGACCAAGUCGGCCGGACGGAAGGAAUUCACCUCGUUUGUUGAUCGUAUCUUGACAUACAAUACUUGUGGUGAGAUGAUCAAGGAUAUAUUUUUUGCAGACACCGUAACUGUGGUGGAUGUGAACAAUGUCGAUGACUUGGCCGAAAAAGUUAUACAGAUCAUACUUUGA